GAAGUCACCAUCGGUUACCUAUUUAUUACAUUGCUUGCUAAUAUUAGCUCUAUGUUUUUGUAUUUCCUGAACUUUGAGAACCAUUGUAUCAGAUUUAUGUUUAUGUACAUAUACCCGGUGCUCUGUAACAAGACUUUAUACAUUAAUUAAAUUGGUACUAAGUGGACUGCACUUGUUGCUAGUGAUAGCGUUAUCUUAAUAGUAUUUACUUUACAAUUAUCUAUAUUCAUUUAUACCUUAUUAUUUUAAAAUUAUUUGUCAGUGAUAUUUUACAUGUUAUACGGUAAAAUGACAUCUAAAAUUGCCUUAGUAACUGGAUCAAACCAAGGCAUUGGUUUUGGUAUUGUAAGAGAGUUAUGUAAAAGAAAUGUUGGAGUUGUUUAUCUAACGUCCAGAAACAUACAACGUGGUAAAGAAGCAGUGGCAAAAUUAGAAAAAGAUGGUUUUUACCCAAAGUAUCAUCAGCUUGACGUUAGUGAUGAAGAAAGCGUUAAAAUUUUUGCUGAAUAUGUGAAAAACAAAUAUGGUGGUCUAGAUAUUUUAAUAAACAAUGCUGGCAUUCUCGACUCAGACUUUUAUAAAGUCUCGUACAAAGAAGCUAAAAGAAUUAUAGACACCAACGUUCAUGGGAUAAUAUUAAUGCAAAAACACUUCUUCCCAAUUUUACGAAAUAAUGGUAGAGUUAUCAACGUAUCCAGUGAUUGGGGACAUAUUACAAAUAUUAAGAAUCCCUACUGGGUUCAACGCCUCACCAAUGAAGACAUAAAGUUAGAGGAUGUGUAUGAAUUUCUUAACUGGUUCUUAGAUUCCGUAAAAAACAAUGCACUGAAAGUAGAGGACUUCUUUGAAAACUCUGUUUUGGCUUACAGAGUUUCAAAAGUUGCAGUGUCUGCUUUAACUAGAGUGCAGCAAAAUGAGGUUGGCAAAGGAAUUUCAAUAAAUUCUCUAAACCCGGGAUUUGUACGAACAAACAUGACUAAAGGUGGUGGUGAUAUGUCUGUAAUAGAAGCUGGUGUUACUCCCGCAUACUUGGCGCUUGAUAUUGAUCAGUCCGUCAAAGGAAAAUAUUUUUGGUUUGACAAAACUGAAGUCGAUUGGGCCGAUUCUACUUUAGACGUUGUAGAUACGUUUGAUGCUUUUGAAAAGGCUUUGCAAGAAGUUAAUAAAUAAUGACGUUUGCAUAAAA